AUGGCUGAGACUAGACUCCGGGUUCCAGACCUGGGAGUUUCCAUUUGGCUGGAAAAAUGCCAGAAAAGCCCUCCAGGUGCUGGGAGGCGGCCCUUUUCUGGAAAGUCCUUUUACUUGGAUUUACCGGCGGGCAAGAAUCUCCAUUUCUUGACAGGGGCCAUCCAGCAACUGGGUGGGGUAAUUGAGGGUUUUCUGAGCAAAGAAGUGAGUUACAUCGUGUCCAGUCGAAGGGAGGUGAAGACAGAGAGCAAUAGGACAAGCCACAGAAGCUGCCCCAACCCCAGCGAGGUCAGAGUGGGAGAAACACCAUCCUCAGCCAACCCAGAAGGCAGCCCUGCCACACCCUCACAGAAGCCUGUGGACUUGGUGCCAAUGAGCAGAGGGAAAGAGCUGCUGCAAAAGGCCAUCAGAAACCAGGGGAGCAGCGGCGGCAGAGGCACUGGGAGUGGCAGCAGCCUCCUGGCCAAUGCCCGCUCUUGGGGAGUGAAGAUUCUGCACGUGGAUGAAAUGAUGGUGCACGUGCAGCAGCUGGCUCUUGGUGCUUUGUGCGCAAGGAAGCAAGAGCUGAAGAAGGGAACCGGUCCAGCAAAAGAGUCAAGAAUGCGGAAAGUGGCCAGGCUGAAGGCACCAUUCCUCAAAAUUGAAGAUAAGAGCAGGAAGUUUCGUCCUUUCCACCAUCAAUUUAAAUCCUUUCCUGAAAUUUCUUUUCUGGGACCCAAAGAUGCAAGUCCCUUUGAGGCCACAACGACCUCGGGCAGCUCGCACCACACCAGAGAACCUAAGGCUCGAGAACCCAGGCCACAGUCGACCGUCGGCACUGUGCCCAGGAGAAAGAGAGGGUACUGUGAGUGCUGCCAGGAGGCCUUCGAGGAGCUCCACGUGCAUCUCGAGAGUGUCCAGCACAGGCGCUUUGCCCUGGAAGCCCAUCCAUAUGCAGAAGUCGAUCGCAUCAUCGCCCAGCUCAACCACAGCUGCACAGACAUCGCUCCCCAGGCCCCCAGAAGGCCAGGCUUCUUCGCUUCUGCUUGUGACAGUCUCUGUCUGGAGAAAGACAACUACCAGGCCCCGGGGUCCCCAGGGCAGAAUGGAACAGUGAGCAGUAAGAAGUCACCAGCUGAGUCUGCAGGGACCGAUGACGUGUUCACACCCAGCCCAGUGCUGGCAGAGAAGUGCUCCUGUGAGUCCCUGGCCAGCCAGGCUCUGUGCUUGAGGGCCACAGACAUGGGUUACACCUCACUGAGUCCUGCGUCCCAGCCAAGGCUGCCAGAAGCGGAGCCCCAGGUUCAUGUCGGGAGCCAGAAGAGCCCAGGUCUGCUCUCGGAGAACGAGUCGACAGUGGUCACUCUCGCUGUUCCCCACAGGUGCUGCCCUUCCUCAGACGUCUGCUGCCCGAGCAUGCUCACUGAGCAUGCUGACCUGCCAGACUGA